CUACUGUUUUCGCUAUCUCUUUAAUUCUUUCCUAUAAAUAUACACCACCAAUUCACUCUUUUCUUUGUAUAUUCGCAGUAAUACUAUCUAAACUCCCAGUAAAGAAGGUAGUUUUAUUCAUAUAAAUUUACAUCUAUGUCUCCUGCAAUGGCGUUUAGUACUAGUGAUGAGAUGAGGAAGACAAAUGAUGAUGAUCAUCAUGUGACGGAAAGCCAGUACCAGAAAGGAGUGAAGCAUCUCCAUGAAAUUGGCAUAAGCAGAGUUCCUAGAAGAUACAUAUUGCCGGAUUCUGACCGACCAAAUGCAGUUUACAAAAGAGUUAAUCACCUAAAUGAUGCGACGCCUAAUCUUAAACUGCCCAUUAUUGAAUUUUCCGAAUUGCUGGGUCCAAAUCGCGUCCAAGUCCUCAAGUCCAUCGCUAAAGCUUGUGAAGAAUACGGGUUUUUCCAGAUUGUAAAUCACGGUAUUCCUCUGGAGGUUAUCAGCAAUAUGAUUGAUGUAAGUUCAAGAUUCUUCGCACUCCCAUUUGAAGAAAGAGCCAAAUAUAUGUCGUCGGAUAUGAAAGCACCGGUACGGUAUGGAACUAGCUUUAACCAGAACAAGGAUAGCGUAUUCUGUUGGAGAGAUUUCUUGAAGCUAAUGUGUCAUCCCACGGAAGAUGUUCUUCCUCUUUGGCCUUCUUCUCCCGCUGACUGGAGGAGAUUGGCGGCUGCCUAUGCAAAAGAAACCAAUUAUUUGUUCUUAAUGUUAGUGGAGGCCAUCCUUGAGAGCUUGGGAGUGUGGGGAGCCACCAUGAAUAAGACAGAAGAAGAUGAUGAAAUUUUAAAUAAAUUCGAAGAUGGGAGCCAGCUAAUGGUGGUAAAUUACUAUCCACCUUGCCCUCAACCCGAUCUUACCCUUGGAAUGCCACCCCAUUCCGAUUAUGGAUUCCUAACACUUCUUCUCCAAGAUGAGGUUGAAGGCUUGCAAAUUCAAUAUAAAGAUCAAUGGGUCACAAUUGAACCUAUUCCUAAUUCAUUCGUUGUCAAUGUUGGCGAUCAUCUUGAGAUAUUCAGCAAUGGAAGAUACAAGAGUGUGUUACAUAGAGUUCUUGUGAAUUCUGCAAAGUCUCGGAUAUCUGUAGCUUCUUUGCAUUCUCUUCCUAUAAAUUCAAUGGUGACGCCAUCGCCAAAACUCAUUGAUAAAGCAAAUCCAAGGCGCUACAAAGACACAGAUUUUGCUAGUUUUCUGGAGUACAUUUCAUCUUGUGAGCCUAAGAGGAAGAAUUUCCUGGAGACCAGGAAAUUGAAUAAUUGAUAAGGAUAAAGUGAAUCAAUAUUGUUGACUUUUGUAGCAUCAAUUAUUUAUGUAGCAAUAAUUGAUUUUUGUUUUUUAAUUUUUUUUCUUUUUUAAUGGGUUGAGCAAGAACCUAACUCCCCUCAGCAACCCAUACCUUAACUCUUAAGCAAUAUUUUAAGGAAUAGUGAACUAGAUAAUUGUAAUUGUAUGAAAGAAAUUAUUUUCCCUAAUGAGAAGUUUCAGAAUUUCUUAUUUCC